AUUUCACACUGACAGCUGACAGACUCCAUCCAUGCGUAUCGUUUAACAUUAUGUUUUUAAACAAAAUUGCAACAUUUACUCAGAAUAGUUGCAAAUAAACACGACUGAACUGCAAUUAAUAGCUAAAAAAAGGUCAAAAUUUGUUCCCAGAAUGAGUUGUAUACAAUGCGGGGAAGAAUCGAAAUACAAAUGUCCAACGUGCAGACAACCUUACUGCUCAGUAGAAUGCUGCAAGAAACAUAAGGAAACUCCUUGUGAAGAGCCACCAAAACCUGAAGCUCCAGAUUCAGAAGUUAAAAAAGAAUAUGAGUUUCCUACAGAAGAUACCGUGCCUCAUGAGAAGUUAAAAUUAUUAGAGGAAUCAGGAGAUUUAAAGCAUUGCAUGGCUAAUCCACAUGUGCGGGAAAUCUUAAAAAUUCUAGAUUCAUCUCCCCAUCCUGAUGCAUUGUUUCAAGAAUACAUGCAGGAACCCAUCUUUACGGAAUUUGUUGAUGCAUGCUUGAAAGUUGUUCAACCCCCUGAAGAGGAUGAUCAAAGAUGACAUUACAAUUACACAUAGUGUUACAUUGUACUUGAGUUUCCAGAUAAUGUCAAAAAAUGCUAGAGAAAAGCAUAUUUCUCAUUCCCUUUGUUAUACCACUGCCAUAAAUAAUUAUAACUCUUAAUGUAUAAAAUGUUUUCUUAUUUC